GAGUUAAAAUCAGCACUUGAAGUACCAACAGAUAAUCUUCAAGGCUUCAGAUCUGUCUUACAAACAAUUGCCAACAUUCACAGUGAUUCUCUUGAAACUGAGUUCCGAUUCCAACUUAUUCGAGAUAGUUUUCAUACUUUGGAGAUCCACAAUAUUCCAUUUCCAGAGGAAGAGUUAAAACUUGCAAAUGAUCUACCAAUCCAGUGGGAAGAUCUGUACAAAGCUGCCAUUACACGAAGCAACAGAUUAGAAUCAACUAAGCCCAAGUUCUCAGCUUUGGCUCAAACAGAAAUUGAUGACUUCGUAAUAGUUUGCAAUGAAUUUGCAGAAAGAUUUCAGAAGGAAGGACCACCAUCUGUUGUAGAAGAUUUGGACCAAGGCUUGGCUCUUAUGGAGGAAUUUACACCUGUCUUUCAAGAAAUAAAUAAAAGACGAUUUGAUUUAGUUAAUGCAGAAAUGUUAUUUGAUCUUCCAGUGACUGAUUAUGGAGAUUUUCUUCUAGUGUGUAAGGAAAUGGAAGGAUUAGAAGAAAUAUACAAACUCUAUAGGACCUUGAAAACAGUUCGCAAAACAUGGGGAAAAACACUAUGGGUGAACUUAAAUCCUCAUUUGUUGAUAAAAGAAAUUGAUCAAUUUCUACAUCAAUUUCAAUUACUUCCUGAAGAUAUUCAAAAACUUUCUACAGGUAUAGCAUUAGAAAAGAACAUACAGCAAUUGAAGUUUAGUAUUCCUUUAUUGGUAGAACUGAAGAAUGAAUGUCUUCGUAAAAGACAUUGGAGUGAGUUGAUGCAGAAAUCAGGCCAUGAAUUCAAUAUGACAGUAGAUGAAUUUACUUUAGAAAAUAUGUUUGCUUUGAAGUUGCAUCUCUGUGCUGAUGUAGUUACUGAAAUCAUUAAUCGUGCUACUAAAGAACUUGCUAUUGAAAUUGGAGUGGGAGAAAUUGAUGAUAGGUGGAACAAUGCUGACUUGAAAAUAUGCCUACAUAUAAUUGAGGAAGAUGAGAAAGGUUUCAUUUUAGGAUCUAUGGAGGAGCUCAUGCAGUUAUUGGAAAACGACUCCAUGAAACUUCAGAUCAUGGCUGAAUCACAGUAUGUUGGGCCAUUUCUUAACACUGUUCAGUUAUUAGAGAAGAGCUUAUUUGUCAUUACUGAAGUGUUAGAUGAAUGGCUUUGUGUUCAAAAGAAAUGGUUGUGUUUGGAAAAAGUGUUUAGGAACGAUGAAGUUUGCCGUCAACUACCCGAAGUAACUAAAGAAUUUUAUUCCAUUGAGCAAACAUUCAUAAAGAUGAUGAAACAGACAUCCAUAAGAAAAAAUUUAAUGUACUGUUGUCAUUUACCUCAUCGCCUUUCUGAACUGAAGUUGAUUAAUGAUGGUUUAAAUCAGUGUCAAAAAUCAUUGAAUAAUUUCCUUGAUCUUAAACGAAGUACUUUCCCACAUUUUUAUUUUAUUUCCAACAAUGAUUUGGUUAGUAUUCUUGGCAGUAAUGAUCCAACAUUCGUUCGUAAAUUUGUGAUCAAGAUGUUUGACAGUAUAACUGAUUUAAGGUUUCAUUUUCAUGACAAUGAAACAGUUAGAGUUGUUUCUGCUAUAGUAUCAUAUCAGGAAGAAAUGUUUCUUCAGAAAGAAUGUCCAUUAGAGAAUCGCAUAGAAAAAUGGAUGUCAGUUGUUGUGCAGGAAAGUCAAAAAACAAUUAGAUUUCUUAUAAAAAAAGCAAUUUAUGAGUAUGGAAAACUAAGACAACCAAGGAUUGAAUGGAUAUUGGGAUUUCAAGGCACAAUUUGCUUGGCUGCUAGCCAAGUGUGGUGGACAGCUGAAGUAGAAAAUGCAUUUAACUUGAUGAACCAGGGUAAAAAUUCUGCAAUGAUGGAAUACCUUGAAGUGCUUAACAGACAAAUGAACGAACUUGUGAUUUACCUCAAAUCACAGCUGAAUGAAACAGAUCGAACAAAGUUAAACAUGGUAUUUAUUACUGAUAUUCAUGCAAGAGAUAUCAUUGAAAUUUUUAUUAGAGACAGUGUCACUUAUCCCAAAGAAUUCCACUGGGAAAGUCAAUUGCGCUAUUACUGGAUGAGAGAUGAAGAUCAUUUAUAUGUGAAGCAGUGCACAGGCACAUUUCAAUAUGGAUAUGAAUAUAUAAGAUUAAAUAGAAAGAUUGUGAUUACACCUUUGACAAACCGUGUGUACCUUACCUUCACUCAAGCUCUGUCAUUGCAUUUAGGAGGUGCUGCAACAGGUCCUACAGGCACGGGCAAAACAGAAACAAUCAAAGAGUUGGCAAAAGCACUGGGAAUGCUGUGCAAAGUCUUCAACUGCAGUAAUUGCAUGGAGAACAGAACAAUGACUAGAAUUCUGUCAGGGCUUGUUCAGUGUGGUGCAUGGGGAUGCUUUGCUGGUUUCAAUUACAUCAGUGUCUCAGAAUUAUCAGUAAUCUCUACACAACUUCAGUCAAUUCGGAAUGCUUUAAUGUUUAAAGCAGAUCAAUUUAUG